GCUGUCAUGUAUUCAGAGUUUAAAUAAACCUUGGCACGAUUUCCUGAAAAUGUCAUUUUUUCUUAUAGUCAGUGCAGAUAAAUAGCAGCUGUACUUUUUUUUCAUUAUCAUUAUUAUUGUUGUUGUUAUUAUUAUCAUCAUUUUACACGACGCCUUUGCAAUGGAGGUGGUGAUGCGUCUCUGUCGCUGGAAACCAUGUGUCCUGCUGCCCAGAUCGCUGAGCAAAGCGUUCAGGAGGAGUCACCACUGCCAUCCACAAGAGACGCAGUGCUCGAAUCGUGUUUCCUCCAAACCAGCCAUUCCGACACCUCUGGUGUCACGGCUCUUUCAGCCUUCGAACCUGCGUGAAGGCCAGGAUACGGGCGACAUGACGUGCCGCAGCCAGAGGCUGAUGCUGCAAGCUGGUCUCAUUUAUAGCUCCAACCCAGGCUGCUUCUACUACCUUCCUGCUGCCCUGCGCUCCAUGGAGAAGCUGGUGAGGCUCAUUGAUGAGGAAAUGCAGGCCAUUGGUGGGCAGAAAGUCGACAUGCCAGCUCUGUGUGGAGCCGAGCUCUGGAAGAGGAGCGGCCGCUGGGAACUCAUGGGAAAGGAGAUGUUUAGGCUGCGCGAUCGACACAAUGCAGAGUACUGUCUCGGUCCAACGCACGAGGAGGCGGUCACAGAGCUGCUGGCAUCCCAGAGCACGUUGUCUUAUAAACAGCUGCCACUGCUGCUUUACCAGGUCACGCGGAAAUUCCGCGAUGAGCAGAAGCCGAAGUUUGGAUUGCUUCGAGGCCGAGAGUUCUACAUGAAGGACAUGUACUCAUUCGACAUCAGUGAGGAAGCUGCUCUCCACACCUACCACUCUGUGUGCCACGCCUACUCUCGGCUGUUUGACCGUCUCGGUCUGAGGUGGGUACAGGUGCAGGCUGCUACAGGCAAUAUCGGAGGAACGCUCUCGCAUGAGUUUCAUCUCCCGGCUGAUAUAGGUGAAGACCGUCUGCUCAUGUGCAGGAAUUGCGGCUUCUCCGCUAACGUCGAAACCGUAGAGCCGGAUCAGACUGACUGCCCUCAGUGCCACACGCCUCGCCUCACUGAGUCAAAAGGCAUUGAACUGGGACAUACCUUCUAUCUUGGAACAAAAUAUUCCAAAGUGUUUAAUGCUACGUUUGUUAAUGCUCAGAACAAGCCUUUGGUAACAGAGAUGGGCUGUUUUGGCCUCGGAGUUAAUCGCAUCCUAGCUGCGUCCAUUGAGGUGCUCUCGUCUGAGGAGUCCAUACGCUGGCCCGGGCUUAUCGCCCCUUAUCAAGUGUGCAUCCUGCCCCCUAAAAAAGGCAGCAAAGCCGCUGAAGCCAUCCACUUGGCAGAGGGGCUCGCCCAAAGCUUAGGAAACAGUUUACCAAAUCUGAAAGGGGAGGUCGUUCUGGAUGACAGAACCCAGCUGACCAUUGGGAAGCGACUAAAAGACGCUAACGUGCUGGGCUACCCGUAUGUGGUGGUGGUUGGGCAUAAGGCCACGGAGGACCAGCCUGUGUUUGAGGUGGUAUGUCAGCACAGUGGCGAGACCAUGUUUCUCAGUAAAGACGCCUUGGUGGACUUUUUGACGAGAGUCGAGACAAUCUAACACACGGACUCACAACCGUCCAGGUUCAAGAACAGGUUGAUCAUGUUGGAAAGAUACAUAAGUAACUAUAAUUUAAUAUAUUGAAGCUACGUUGGUGUGAGUGUAACAUGAGGGAGAAUUUACUGUAAUACUGAGAGUUGUCGGGUGUCGGUGUCAAAUAAAGUCCUUCCUAUUCUCACUGAUAAUGACCUUGUUUUAAUAAAGCUGCUCUGUUCAUACUUCUGCUUAAGCUUGUAUUUUUAUAGUUUUGUUUUUAGAUAUUUGAAUACAUUUUAUUAAAUUUCUUUAAACAUAAGUGCUCAGAGAACACAUUUAGGCAAACUACACUUUGUAUUUUAUGUAAUGAUUACUAAAAAUUACCUAAAAACAGCUGUAAUUAUAAUUCUAACCACUAUUUUCUUUCUCGAUUACAUUUAUUAUUGUUAUUAACGUUACUUAUUUCUCUCUCCAAACAACUUGUUAAUUCUUUCUAAUUCUAUCUACAGUAGGUAAUCUGGAUUGAAUACUGUAUACUCUGAAUAUGAUGUGUAUGAAGGAUUACACAAUGUUAUACAGUGGCUCUUGAUGCGUCAUCAAUCUAUAACCUUCUCACUAACUGGAUUUUUGGACAAAUUCGGACGUUUAUCAGUUUUCUCACAGUGUUACAGUUUGUUUGGUCAAAAUAAUGUUACAGAGCUUUUUAUAGCUGCCAAUAAUGUGCAAUAAUACAGCAUAUCUAGAACAACAAGAAAUAUAAAUGAUUUUUUUUAAGAUAUUUUAUUUGACUUUUAUUAUGGCUCAUCACUUCUGGGAAAUCCAUUAAUAUGUUUUGUUGAGUCAUCAUACACUAUCAUACACUAGACUUGUGUACUAGGGCUGCA